AAAGUUAGUGAUAAUGUGAUAAGCAGUCAGUCAACGUGAGGUUGUGAGCGAGGUUGAACACAGAAAUUGUUUUCUGUCCGUGGGGAGCAGCAAAGUUAAUUGAAGUGCAAUCUGCAAAUGAAUAUUAUCAAUUGUGCAGAAACAUAUUGCAAUAAGUGAAGCAAGAUCGACAGCAGCCUUGUCUGCACUUUGAAACAGAGAGACAGAGAAAAAGAGGGAGAGAGAGGAGUUAAAGAGAGCGAAUGGGAGUAAACAAUAAAACAACUCAAACUGAUAAGCGAAAAGUCAAUAUUUCCAGCUGGUAACUUGGCCGCAACUCAUUUGGAUUUCACACCUUGCGCGUUGCACGAAGACUCACAGUGAAAGGAAAAUUCAGACAGUUGUUGCAGGUGUAGCAAGUGUAGCUAAGUGCCACAUGUUGUCAUGUUGACAAACAUAACGUUUAUCAGCUUGUUGCUGCUGUUGUGGCUGGUGUCUAGUGCCCGUGGCGCCACGGUCACCUGGGGGCAGGUCAACAAAUAUGCCAGCACGUUGCACGCACAAGAUGUUUACCUACCACGUGAUAACAGCACGGAUGCGGAUGCGGAAGUGGUUGCGGAUGUUGUAUAUGGAUUACAGAAUGUCGAUGGCUAUACGAUAACAGCGGUGCACGCUUACGACAUGACGCCGCUGGAGGAGCAUGGAGGAGACGGUGGCACGGCACAGCUGCUGAGUGGUGGGGUGGGUCAAAGACACACCACUGUGCGCUUUAAACGGCACUCGAGAGUCGAUCAAUUGCCCACUGUGCACUUCCAGUUGGUCAUUUAUGGACUUAAUCUGUGAUAGCAGUUUAACAAGUUUCUGUUGCUGUUUUUUAGUCGAAUGUCUCGCAACUUAAUUAAGUUCAAAUUAAACUUUGAAUUCGACGCUGGCAACUUUCUGGUCGACAGCAAGAAAAAAGUGAGAAAGAUAGUUGUUAACUAAAUUAUAAUAAUGUCAUAAUUAAGAGCAUGACUUGCGCUUAUUUAUAUGGAAAAUGAGAAAAUUCCACUGCUUUAUCCUCACUCAGAGAUGACAGCGUGCAACAUCUUGGCAGAAUUUGCGGCUUGCAACACGUAAUGAGAUGCAAAUGCACAGUUGCAUGAACACCCACACAUCCGCACUCUAGCACACGCACACACACACACAUACUUGGCGGUCUGGCUUGCAAGCGUAAAUCGAUUUAAGCGCCUGAUAAACUCAGUUUAAGCAGAUUCCUCACUACCGCCCUCGCUGCACUUAAUAUGCAAUGUGCUCGUAAGAAGCUUCUGGACGAUUAAGAAAUCAUUUACCUACACAUGUCAUACGGACAGGGGAGAGAGAGAAAGAGUGAGCUAUAGAGAGAGAGAGGCAGAUACUACUGCUCAGCCUCUGUUUUAAAUGAGUUGUUUUUAAUUCAGCCUUUAACGAUUAGCACUUUAAAUGCAUCUCUAUCAAAAGCUAUAGUUAAGUUGUAACACUGUGAGUCAAUAAAAAACUUUUGCUCAAAUUAAA